AGUAAACGUCGCGAGGGAGUUAGAAUGAUGUUAGAGAGCUUAGCCCGGGUGUUUAAGGUGCAGCUGCCCGCAUACCUGAAGAGGUUACCCAUACCAGACAGCAUUGCGGGCUUUAUCCGCUUAACAGUUUUAGAAUGGCUGAGAUUGUUACCAUUCCUUGGUGUCCUAGCACUGCUUGGAUACCUUGCUAUUCGACCAUUCCUACCCAAGAAGAAGCAGCAAAAAGACAGUUUAAUUAAUCUCAAGAUCCAGAAGGAGAAUCCAAAGGUUGUAAAUGAGAUAAACAUAGAGGAUCUGCACUUAGCCAAGGCUGCCUAUUGUCGGUGUUGGCGCUCUAAGACUUUUCCUGUUUGUGAUGGAUCUCAUAACAAGCACAACGAGCUCACGGGGGACAACGUGGGUCCAUUGAUUCUCAAAAAGAAAGAAGUAUAAUUUACCUCAGCUGCCUGAUACUCCACUGUGCAAAAUAUGAUUGGAGACUGGUUCCUAGUGGUUAGUUUCUGGCAGGAGCCUGACUUACUGAAUGGACUUCAACAAACUGCAGUAUUCUGUAAUACCCCUUCACUAAAUCUGUGUGACUUGCUUCAGACUGUUCUGCCGUAUGCACAUCUUCCAAGCCAGGGGCGAUCCUGGGCAUUUUGCCGCCUGAGGCACCUUCCUUUUGCCACCCCCACCCCUCCCCACGGCACUCACCUUUUCAACGCCGGAGGGGGUGGUCCACAUCGCUAAUGCAGAGAUCGCAAUUGUGCCCUCUGCACUAAAAGAGCCGAAUUUCCAGGUUGAAAACAGAAAUUUGGCUCUUAGUUACCAGGAACAGCAUUUUUGCCUGAGGCGAGUGUCUCAACUCACCUCAUUGGUGGAUCACCCCUGUUCCUAGCCCAGGUUAAUGUGCCUUCCUUAGACAAUUCUGUCACAUCUCAACUUAAUAGCAAAAUUACAGUGACCUGUUUUCACUUGGCUGUAAUUUGAUUAUUUGCAUGAAAUUGCUGCCAUUACGAGAGACGUCACUGCUAUGGCAUUAUGCCUUUUUAAAGAAGGCUUGUUUAUUUCAGCAUCGUUACCUUCCUAAUAAUAUAUUGUAAAUCAUUUCUCCAGUAAAACAACAGUUUAGUUACAGUUCUAUUAGUCUUUAAAAGGAUUUCUGUUGUCUGUAUGUAGAUGUGCUGUUACACACUGUAUUACACCCCCGUGUCUUUGCCAUUUAGUAUAUACACUUUAUAUAGUGACUGCAGUGGACCACUGGUAUUAAUGUACAGCUAGUUAACAAGUCUUAACAUCGUUCUUUCACAAGAACUACUUUGUAUUGAAAUAAUUAAAUUGUGCUUUACCAAAAAUCACUUUAGUAGUUGUCUGUAAGAGCAGGCACAUGAGCAGCUGUUGCACAUUUGUAUGCGCUGCAAAAAGUCCAUAGGAGGGAAACUGAGAUGCCCCAGUACUGCACAUGGGUGAUGGCAAGCUUGGCUGCUCAUAUGCCGACCCCUAUUUAAGCCCACCAAUGAUAUCUGCUGUUCUGUCCUUUGGGACUGCCUCACUCCCUGGCACCCACCACCAGGUUUGUAUUGUUUCCUUUUUUGUUUUAAAGGAGAACUUACCCCUCCCAAUAAGAAAAGUCCCAUCUACUACCCUAGAUAGCCCCCCUACUUCCUCACCGCAAAUUAUUAGUAAAUUAUUCCCAAAAGUGUUUACGUAUUGGAGCUCAUGGGCGCCAUCUUCUGGAUCUUUGGUCUUCUUUGGAUCCUAUUCCUUCCCUUCUGCAAUUUACUUUUUGUUGCAUGCGCAGUUAGAACGAAUACCGGACUGCUCCAACUGCGCAUGCGUCAAAUACCUCGAUGUCGAAGGUCCCUUACAGAAGAAGACUGAGUAUCCGAAAGAUGGUGCCCAUGAACUCCGCUGGGAUACUCUGCAUAAAUAAGUGUGCAUGAUAUUCAGGGACACUUUUUAGAACAAUGUAAUAUGCGGGGAGAAAGCAGGGAGGGGGACUAUCUAGGGUAGUGGAAGGGGGGUUUCAUUUUGGGGUGGUUUAGUUUUUCUUUUAGUUUUUCUUUAAAUGCAAUAGUACACCCUUCGGUUAGAGCUGCACCAGGAUAGGACCCAUAUCUCCUAUUCUACUUGCCCCACUAAUCAUUGUAAUGUUGUACUCUUUGGUCACCUUCAAAAUAUUAGGAAAAGAAAUUAGAAGGCGCACACCCAGAACAUAACUGUGAGGUACAGUACUUACGGGACUCCCCAGGAGUCGCCAAAGUAUAAGAAAUGCGAAGAUUGCACACUCAAAGUAUAUGAAAAAAAUUAUUUAUUACAUCAAAAGGCAAAAUUACAAAAAUGGCCCGAAAGCAUAGGCCCUACGUGUUUCGACCGAAAAGGUCUUCAUCAGGGGCAAAAAAUAUAAAAUAAAUAAAAAAGGCCAAAUAUUAAUAGUGUAUUAUAGUCUGCAAGCUAUAUUGAGUACACAUAACUUCAUUAUUAAGCAACAAUAGCAAUAGUUCUUCCGUCCCACCACUCAUCCCAUCAUAGCAUCUGUUGAUCCUUUUUAAAGUGAAUAGGUGCUCUAGCGACUGCCCAAUGUGACCCUUGCCUAUACUACCAAUUUUGACUAAAAGUCUAUAUGUAACCACAACAUGUUUUUCCUAGUAAAGAUUUUGUUUCUUUAAUAGUUGUGUGGAGCAUAUUGACCUAAAAGAGGCAACAUUUAUUCCUGACAUUUAUUCAGUGUAAAAUAUAACACUAGUACACGUGCUGGGAAAUUGCAUCUCCCAAUAAAUUGGUAAAUGUUUGAGUGUCAUGCUCCGUGCCUGCAUUGAAUGAUUUGUAUGCAGUGAUGUAUUGUAGGCGCCACUGACCUUUAUUUUUUUUAUAAAGCCAAAAUAAAAGAG